GAUAGAUUUUUCAUGCGAGGGCAAUCUGUGAAACGUAAAGAAAAUUUUUUUCUGCAACAUCCUCAUCGUUCCCUUCUCGCAGUUGGAAGCAGUUGCGACAAAAUAAAAAUAAUGUUUUCUUCGGUCACCGAGAAGCAACAAGUGUUGAUGCUGUUUCUCCUCGAGAUCAUCCUAAUCGCGAUAAUAGGAGCAUUGAUGACGUACGGUCCAGAAGCAAAUGCUAGUUUGCUCAAAAAUCAUACCGGUCAGUAUAUGAUAUAUAAUAUGUGUACACACAUACAUAUGUACACUUUAUGUUUAGCUUUACGUACGAAGAUGUGCGGUUGGGUCACCGAGCAGCAGAAAUUCGAUGACGCCUUUGUCUGGGAAUUGGAGGACGAGCCCCAGUUCGAGAUCGGAAAAAAUCGAACUGAUAACAGUCACACUAACGAACAUAUGGUCAUGGGGUUUCUGAUGACCUUCCUCAAGAAGUACAGCCAGAGCGCUGUUGGCCUGACCUUCCUCGUAGGAGCGAUUCUCGUUCAGGUGGCUUUAAUCUGCGAGGGCUUAAUGAACGUGAAAUUAGGCAAGAGAGCUUAUAUCUCAUUAGGAAGCCUUCUUAGUGCCGAUGUCGCUGUCGCUACGCCGCUUAUCUCUAUGGGGGCAGUCCUAGGUAAAGUUACCUACAUGCAGCUGAUAUUCAUGGGGAUAGUGGAGCUGAUCAUGUUCACUAUUAAUAAGUAUGUAGGCGAAACUAUGUUCAUGGCCGUUGAUGCUGGUGACAGUAUGUUUGUUCAUGUAUUUGGCGCAUACUUCGGAUUGGCGAUUAGCUUUGUAUUCGGAACGAAGGAGAAGCCGAAGGAGCACGCUCUCGAAAUGUCGUCCUAUCAGUCAGACGUUUUCGCCAUGAUCGGUACAGUGUUCUUGUGGCUAUUCUGGCCAUCAUUUAACAGCGCUGGGUUGACGGGGGAUGAUCAACAGCGAGCCAUAAUCAACACCCUGUUAUCAAUAUCCGCGAGUUGCGUGAUCACGUUCGCCGUAUCCGCACUGGUCUCGGAAGACAACAAAUUCAACAUGGUACACGUGCAAAACUCAACCCUGGCUGGAGGUGUAGCCAUUGGCACAGCUGCAGGUAUGAUGUGCCAACCAGUGGGUGCUCUGAUCGUCGGUGCUAUAUCUGGGAUAAUUAGUGUGCUGGGAUAUAAGUAUCUCACGGUAAUAAUGAAGAUUAUUGUGCAAUUAUGAUAAU